CUUGCAGCGAGCAACUUCGAAGACCUCAUUCCCCUUUCACUUAACCCAUCUCGCUAUUUCCAGUCUCACAUAGUCGUUCGUUCAUAUACCAUAUCCAUAGUCGUAUACGCCGUUCUUAUUUCAAUAUCCGACAAUGUCUGACGAAGGGUCGCGAAAAGCGUCGCGUCGCGCGGAAACGCGUAAAAGAAAGAUCGGUGGCCUGCGAGCGGCGCGGCGCGGCGACGCGUUGCGUGCCUCGAGGCACCAAAAUUCGGUGCGCGACCAGUGAUAGGGCAGUGGCUCGCCGGUGGCGCCACUGUCGAGGACGGCGGCCGAGUCAGGAAGCAGUCGGCCGGCGCAUAAGCGGCGUCGGGCGCCGCAGUCGCGCGCUUGCACUCUCAGAGGUGAGCGGAGUUUGUAACGUGCGUAAUAGCUCGAAAACGUCUUCUGGUCUGUUUUGUUUGGCCGUGUUCGCGUAUACGGCCACCCGGUGUAUAUAAUAUUCCCCGUAACCCGUGUUCUGUGUCUCUGAACCUGCGAGCAAAAAAGAAAAGAAGAAGUAAUAAUAUAAUUCAGCUAGAGAAGUGGAUAGACAGAAACACGCGUAUAGAGAGAAAAAGAGCCGUGCACACGCGAGACACGAACCAACGUCGCUCCCCUUUCACCGAUACAUAGAAAACCACGACCACACGGUGAAUGUCGUCGACGGAGAGUGAAACGACGGCGAGAAUAACAUAGCGAAAAAAAGAAAUAAAGAAAAUAUCGACGAGCUGGUGCGUCAAAGGGGAACACUCCCUUAAUAGGCAGACGAAAACGACGCGCGGACGUGUGGUGGUUUUCGUGGAGACGAGGCGAGGCCCACGAUCCCGGUGCUCCUACAUCCUCAUCGUCUUCUAGGAUUUCGUGCAUCGUUUUCUCUUGCGUGGUGUAUUUGACAGACUGAUCCGGAAAAUCAGUGACGUGUGACACACGUGUAUUUGUAAUAACGCAGUGCAAGUGUUUCUCGAUUUGGCGCCUGUGCUCGAGGGGACCGUGUCGCUCGCUGGCCACCGUCGGUUCAUCGUGUACACCUCGUUAUAUGGUGGUGGUAGUUGAGCACCAGUGGGAGGAGGGCGGCAGCGGGGCCCAGGGCGAUGUGGCUAGCAAGUGGGAUAGCUCGAGGAGGUGAUAACGACUUCUGACCUUCCGUGAGAGCGUGUACCGCGACGUAGAGGGCGCCGCCGUCGAUCGUCAAGCGAAAAGGCUCACCAUUCGGAAGAAAACGAGAAGGAAGAGGCGGAAGAAGAAGAAGUGGAAGAAACUGAAUACGAAAACGGCGACGAAAGAAACGAAAAGGGUGGAGAGUGGAAGAGAAAGAGGGAGUAAAAAAGGCGAGCUCUAAAGGGGAGGCAAACAUCAACAGGGAUUGAGAAAUACAGAUACGUGCUUUGGAGAGAGAAGCACACGAUUAAAACGCCAUAAAAUUUGAAGAAAAAAAAAAACAACAAAAGAUCGAAUUGAAGGGAAGGAAAGAGGGUUGGAAAGAAGCGGGGAAACAUUGAGAAAUAAAUUCCUUCCUCGUGGCCAGGUUGAGCACACACAAGACAUUCUCCUUCUGCAGCGGGAUAUCGCUCCUGUACAUUAAAAAAAAAAGAACAAAAAAAAUAUAACUUCUACCUUGAGAACAUAUACCUCGUGCGUACAAGUACCUUCAAACAUAACCUCUUUUUCGCAGCGUAAUAGUGCCUAGGCCCCUCCGGAAGAACGCGACUACAAAUAAUAAUAAUAAUACAAAUAAUAAUAAAUAAUAAUAUUAAUAAUUAAUAGCAACGUUAUACAUAUAUUAUAUAUAUAAAUCUAUACAGAGAAAAUAAAAGAUCUAACGAGAGACGAAAGAAGUUUUAACGUUUUAAUCAUAAUCGUCAGUUUCGUUCGACUUGCAAGUCACAAACAUACACAAACACACAUAAAAACAUAGGCAAACCCAGUGACUAUCUGUAUGUAUACGGACGUGAACGUAUGCAAGAGAGAGAAGAGCGGUCUCUUGAGAUCAAGAUCGAGAUCGAGCAAGUUACGAACCACUUGGUCCAAGGUUGGACAGAAUUUGAAGAGGAAGAAUCGUGGUGGUGCGUCGAUAUAUAGAUCUUAUCAGGAAUAUUCUCGUUGAUAACGGUACCUCUCCCCCUUCGAGCCCCUUAAUCGAUUAAUACGAACCAGGACAGCGAAGUACCUGCAGCAAACACAGAUAUAUUUAUAAGAAUAAUUUAUAUGAUAUAUAUAUAUAUAUAUUAUAUAAAUAAAUGAGUAUAUAUAAUACAGACACACAAACAGACACCGAUAGUAAUAAAAUAGUAAAAAGCAGCCUGUUGAAAGGCGACAAGUAACAGCUAAGGGCAAAGAGAAUAAUAACGAUAUCGAUAAGAGUAUAUAAUAAUUAAAAAGUAAUAAACGAUAGUUGAUAAGAGGAAAAAGGAGAAGAAGAUCGUACAACAGAGUGUGAGUGCUUAAAUAAUUCUAGAACGCGCUACGGUUAGAGUACUUCUACUUUUCACGGUUAAUCUACUCAGCAAUUGCGGAGCCUGUUCUACAUAUACGAUCAAGAUACCUCAAGACAGCAACGGGCGACGAUCCGACUCGACUAGCAUGCACCUGGGCCCGCGGUUCGAGGCGCACUUCAAGAUGCGGUAGAGGAAGUCCCUCGACGAGAGUCCAAAAAGCAAUCGGUGCAACUAAUUCGAGUCUCGUCCUUUGUAACCAGAGCAUAAUCGCGUGCAUAAUAGCAGUUAGAUUAAGAGGCUUGGACCCAAGACACGCUCACAAACCUACCAAACGUAGGACAAACUUGGGUCUUUCUCUUGCAAUCCCCGUACGAAUCCAAACUCACAGAGCACCCAUCGGCAUCCAGGGGACAGAACCCAAUUAAACGAGCCUGGGAGCCUCUGACGACGAAAACCACUGCCUUUCAAGCCGCCAGGUCAUCGUGAACCCCUUAAACAAGCGAGCCAAACCGCUUCAAACCUCUUCAAACACCGUCAAAACUCGACAAACCACCUCGAAUUGCAUCAAAACCAUCAGAAAAUUGGGAAAAAGGGUUCACGAAAGAGAUUAGAAUCUCCCUAGGGGACUUUAAGAGGCAAGUGAACAGAGGUGAGCAGAGGACCCGUCACGGUGGCCAGCUUAGUGAGCGGCAACGUAGCGGUGCGUUACGAUGAGGCGUCGGGAGUGGUUGGCACGGGGGGUGUCGUGUUGGCAGCCACUUCCAGGUUAGCCACUGCGGAUCCAGCGACGUCCAGCAUGGACACCAGCGACUCCAGCAUGGACACGACUAACGGAGGCUCGAAUACCGGGGUAGCAGGCGUCGGAACGAUCACCUCUGUGGUGGCUGGAGCCGCGUCCCUGACGCUGGUCAAGGCCGAGACGCCUGAACUCCUGGCUGGAACGUCCACGACGUCCUCAUCGGUCGCGGGCCCGGUUACUGCGGCCGGUGGCCUGUUCGCUGGGAUCGCGGCGGGUAACAAAAGCGCCAGACCUGACGACUGGCUAGCCGCGAACAGCCCAGGUUCGCCGACCGCCACGCUGCAGGGCCAACACGUGGUCUACACGAAUCCUCAGCAACAGUUGACCGAGUCGCAGCAACAGCAACCGCCUCUCGCUCAUUCCAGCCCCUUGGCACAUCAACAGCAGCAGCAGCCCGGUAGCAACAACGGAUACGCCAGCCCUAUGAGCACCAGCAGCUACGAUCCUUACAGUCCCAACAGUAAAAUAGGUAGGGACGAGCUGUCGCAGCCUGGCUCUUUGAACGGUUAUGGAAGCAGUGGUGGCGGAGGUGGAGGAGGCGGAGGGGGCGGUGGAGGUGGCGGCAGCGACGGCUGUGACGCCAGGAAGAAGAAAGGACCGACCCCGAGGCAGCAGGAGGAACUGUGCCUGGUCUGUGGUGACCGUGCCUCCGGUUAUCACUACAACGCACUGACCUGCGAGGGCUGUAAAGGCUUCUUCCGGCGCAGCAUCACCAAGAACGCGGUAUACCAGUGUAAAUACGGGAACAAUUGCGAGAUCGAUAUGUACAUGCGGCGCAAAUGUCAGGAAUGCAGACUGAAGAAGUGUCUGACAGUGGGUAUGAGGCCUGAGUGUGUCGUGCCUGAAUACCAAUGUGCUGUCAAGCGCAAGGAAAAGAAAGCACAGAAGGACAAGCCGAACAGUACAACGAUGAACGGUUCCCCAGGCAGUGGGAUACGCAACGAUCAGAUGGGAGUGAAGAUUGAACCAGCAGAAGCAGAGUCGUUGUCCACGUCUGGUAGCAGCGGCAUUCUAACGCCGGUCAGCCCCUAUGGCUACGUGAAGCCGAUCAGCCCGGAGCAAGAGGAGCUGAUACACAGGCUCGUGUAUUUCCAGAACGAGUACGAACAACCCAGUGAAGAGGAUCUCAAGAGGAUCACUAAUCAGCCCUCAGAAGGAGAAGACAUCAGUGACUAUAAAUUCAGGCACAUCACCGAGAUCACGAUCCUGACGGUACAGUUGAUCGUUGAGUUCUCGAAGAGGCUACCUGGCUUCGACGAGUUGAUGCGAGAGGAUCAGAUGGCCCUGCUGAAGGCCUGUUCCAGCGAGGUGAUGAUGCUUCGAAUGGCGAGGAAGUACGACGUGCAGACGGACAGCAUAAUAUUCGCCAACAACCAGCCUUAUACCAGGGACAGUUACAACGUGGCAGGCAUGGGCGAGACGAUUGAGGAUUUGUUACACUUCUGCCGGCAGAUGUACGCCAUGAAAGUGAAUAAUGCCGAAUACGCGUUGUUGACUGCCAUUGUCAUAUUCUCAGAGAGACCGAACCUGCUGGAAGGCUGGAAAGUCGAGAAGAUCCAAGAGAUCUACUUGGAGGCGUUGAAGGCUUACGUCGACAACAGACGCAGGCCGAAGUCCGGCACGAUCUUCGCGAAGCUUCUGUCGGUGUUGACCGAACUGCGGACCCUCGGCAACCAGAACAGCGAGAUGUGCUUCAGUUUGAAGUUCAAGAACAAAAAGCUGCCAGUUUUCCUCGCUGAGAUCUGGGACGUGACACCCUAGUUCCCCCGUAGCCGAUCCCCGUCGGCUAACACCGUUGUUGUUUCAUCGCGAGUCCGCGCAGCGUCCGGAGUGAUGAAGCUGACAGAGCACAGCAUCAUCGACAGACGUGGAACGUGGACGUGGAGAACCUCCUGUACUAGUGCACCACCAUGCCACUGCCUGAGUAAUAGACCGCCGGCGUCUUUGAGUAGCACCGGAUCGUUCAGAAUUCGCUUCUCACCUUCUCUACGCUCUGCACCGGCCUCGUGAGGGCUGCAGGAGAGCUAAUUUCGGCAGUGCUAGUUGGAGCUAGAUGCGGAGGAUGAUACAUAAUACAAAAAGUCAGGAAGAAGAAGGCAGUGGCGAGGCACCCAGGCUGUGAUAUGUAGAGACAGUACAGAGACUGUAAUAAGGAGCUACCUACAGUUAUGUUAUUACUAUAUCCUCUACCUGGCUACCCCCGGAAUCGAUAUGUAAAUGUAUAAUGUGUAAUUGUAAUAAGGUAAAGAAGCGGGCGCGUUGUAAGAGCAACCAAGCGAGUACGAGUGUAACCAGAGGAGCUAAGAGACAAGAAUGUGAGAGAGAGUGUGUGUUUAAUUGUAUGCGUGUGCAAUUUUCGGCUGAGAAUGUGACUGAUCACUACGAGAUAAUCACGAUGAUAAACGAUUGAUGAUAGAAUACAAUCGCACUCCUUGUAUUUUCGUGCGAGCAAAUAAGGGUAGAGAGAGACGAGGUAGGCCCCGGCCGGCUGUUGAGCAGCGACCUGGCCCGGCCGACACACGAAUCGAGUGCGAUGUAACGAAGAAACAAAAAUAAUGAUGAUGAUGAUGAUAAUGAAAAAUAAUAACAAACCAUACGAUUAUACAUAAUGAUACCAUAGAGUCUAUAUCACAACACAUAGCAUAAUAAUAUAUUGCUAGCAUGUACAUUGUUUAUACGUGGAAAGAGAAGUUCGAGGAGAGAGUAGUGGUUGAAAAGUUGAUCGUUGAGUGAUGAUGGUGGAAACAAUUUUUUCCGCGACGAAUAGGUAUAUAUUCAGAAGACGAGGCUUGGCAUUUGCGCGCGUCCGGGUUUUCUUUUUCGUGAACUGGCAAGGGAAAGGGGAAGGAAAGGAAGGAAGAGAGAAUUAAAAAAUGCGUAGUAGCAAUGUAGGAUGUUAAGUAAAGUAAAAGUAAGCGAGGCUAGUUGGUAGUAGGUCGUAGUAAGUCAGUGAAGCUAGGCUAGGUGACCGAGUUCAAGUGCAAAGCCUUGUGCCUUCAGCAGCGGACAUCGGCUCACCGACAAAACGAAAAUAUGAAAUUUAACCGUCCGUUUUAAUUUUUUAAUAAAAAAAAGAUGAAAAAAUCAACAAAAUCAAGCAAAAUAUUAAGUAAAUCUUGUGCAAACGUGGGAGAGAAAGUUAGAGUGAGAGAGUCAAGAGCGAAAGAGAGGGAGUGACUGAGAUGGGAUAAUUAAAUUGCGUUUAGACGGAGAGAAAGAUCAGCAUGUAAGGGUGAGGGAGUAAAUGAACAAAAACAUUGAAUAGAAAAGGGUGAGAGCUGAUUUCGCGAGAAACUGACAGAAAUUGGGAAAAAAAGGAUCUUUCUAAAGGAGAAACAUGGAACAGGGUCGCGCCAGAUCAGCUGGAGACGGAAUUUGGUUUAAGGGGGUGACGAUACGCUUCGACACGUUGGGUCUACAACAGCCUAGCCAGACCCUGGGACAUACAAUGCUAGCAUAAAAACACACUUUGAUUGCUGAAGGAGGCUGGAUGAAGUAGCACUGGGAAUAAUCCCUAUCAGAGGACAUUCAGCUGGCUCAUACUCGAACCGAGAGUGACAGACACACGUACACACCACGUACACGCGCGCACGCACUUGGUUUCACAGGAGAAUCGGUAAAUUUGAAAAGACACAGCGCAUGCACACAGACACCAAUGUGAGCCACACUGUACACUAAGAUUCUCAAUGUUGUAACACUGUAACUCUAUGCUAUUAACUGAUCGUACGCAGUUGUAAUUUCGUAGUAAGUUAAAUGAGCAAACCAAAAAGAAAAAAAAAGCGAAAAAAAAGAUAAAUAACGUGCGUGCAAAAUUUUGUCGAGUCUAGAAGAAAAGAAGAACAGGCGAUCGAACUUGACAGGCGAUUUACGUUUGGCGACGAACAUCUGGAUAAAAGGAUGGCGAGAAAAAUGAGACUGGAUACAUAUAGAAGGACACGAGGAAGACUUACUAGUACAUCGUCUAGAGCAAAAAUAGAAACAUCUUAGAGACACAGUGUUUUACUAUUAUACAAUUAUAUGUUGAACGAUGCGAAAAAUACAAGUGGCACGUUACUAUAUCGAGGUAAUAUCGUUUUUCUCCGAUCUGGUCGAUUUGGGGCUCGAGGAGGGUUUCAUGUUCGAUACUCGGGACUAGUUACGUGACCUAAUAAUCACCACCAAUCGUCACGUCCAUUAGGUUACAACAUCCUUGUUGCCUCAGAUCGAACUGACACGGACAGGGACAAUCGACACGUCCCAUCGAAUCUACGAUGAAAGAUCUACAAAUUAAUGCCGUAAGGCAUACACUGCCACACCGCAGAACAGCGUGGAAAGAACCUAGUGCUGGCUAAAUGCGAGACAGAGCUACUGGAAGCUGAGAAGAAAGAUAUCCAAACCAUCGUCACCAUCGCCCACCAAUGUGAUUGUUGUUUCUACAUUGAAGUAAUUCACAUUGUUCUUCAAAAUCAAUGAGAUGACACCUUUAGGAACUCGGUCAAUGACUCAGACCAUUGCUGCGAGCGAAAUUUGGAUAUUUGAUUGGAUCUGAAAAUGACCAAUUGGUUACCAAAUUUGGGAACAAAAGGAUCACGGUCUAUCGGUAUAAUUGGAUGAGGAAAUCUUGAAGAACAAGUGGCUCCAGCAAUGAGUAGAGGCUGAGGGGCCUUGUAUAGAAACACCAGACACAUUUGCACACACCUAUACACCGCAUUUGUUGUAUCACGAAAAAACACCAAGUGGUUUUAGACAUCGCCGUUUCUGCUAUAAAGUGAGAAUGUGAUGGGAACAGAAGGAUUUUCUUGAAGUACGAUGACAUUGCCUAUUGUAUACAUCUGUAAAGUAGCUAACAGUCAUUGACUCGUGGUAACAAGCGUGUUUGAGAAUCCACGAGUCGAUGAUGAAUUAACACGUUCGUUCGGACUCUAGAGUCCUUACAGAGUUAACAUUUAAGCGUACUGCGACAGCUUGUAAAAUCUACUCCCUUCUGAUUAUCAGUGGAGACUCUGCAAAGAUGUUUCACUGAGUUAAAUCGCCAUUGCUGAAGAUUUGUAAAGUCGUUCUCUCAUACAUAAGUGUCGUAUGUAUGUAGACUGAUGUUUAGUUGAGAAUUGGGAUCAACUUCGAUUAGAAUGAUCAAGCUUUGACCAGACUAUGUUACUUGUUUCUUGCUAUGAGCUUUUGUUGGCUCAGGUUCUGCCAUUGUUGGAGUUAUAUUACGCGUUGUCCGUUGCCAUUUAUCGAACCUUGCUCGUUAUAGUUUGUUUUUAACCUGUUAAUCGAGGAUUUUUUUGGAUAUAAUGUCUUUAUCUAAUCUUCUAUUUUGAUUUUUUUUUUUUUUUGCUAUGUAUGGUCCUCAAUUAUAUAUCUCUAAAUUUUUUUUUUAAAUAUAAUUCGGUAUCUUUGUAAAAAUAGUAUGUUUAUUCAGAAUAGUGGUUUGGGUUACGUUUAUACCUUUAAUCUUCCAGCUUUAAAAGACUUGGUGAACAGGUUAAUGGAACAUACUUAGCUACCAACCGUAUCUCAAGAAUUUUUCAGACUCUUCUUUCAUGGAACUUGAUUGCUUUCAACAGAGAAAGCAAAGAAAGUAUCCUAACAGAUAAUACCGUUAAAAUUUCAGAGCUUGACCAUUCACAAUCGGAGACAAUAAUUGCUCUUUGGACUCCUGGUUCAAUACCAAAGCGAAAAUCGUGCAAUAAACGAAAUGUGUGGUGAUCAGUUUGCUAGAUGGGAGAACGGCAUGGCGGAAAUUAGAUUCUCAGAAUGGAGAUCCCUGUACCUUGGAGCGCAGAAAAAUCGUCACGGACCGUCGACGGCAGGUCGUCAUCGACACUCUUUCGUUUGUAGCGUCUAGAGUCACCCUCGAAUCCCCGAGGGUCUUCCCCGUUGCGCGAAGAAUCUUCGCCAUGAUUCCCGACACGGCGCCUGUGAAGUUCGCGCGGCGACCGUCAGAUGGCGGCGUUGAGAUAUGCAUCUCGCCUUAGGCGACGUUUUCUCUCAGCCGGACGUGUUUGACGUAAAAAGAUCGGGCGGGAAUCAAGGUGAACCGCAUCCUUCGGCGAAUCAGAAACCGGUCACACGUUACUCCGUGUGUAAGUGCGAGCUGAGAAGUGAAAAGAGAGAAAGAUAGAAUAAAAGAGUCAGAAUGCAAGGGAGUAUGAGUGGAGGGGCGACGAGCGAAGAAGAGAGGACACACACAGGUACGCACACAUACAGAGCAACAAAACCGUGCACAUACACGCGUACACACAUACACGCGUACACACAUACACACACACACACACACACACACACAAACAGAACACUUUGAACGAAAGAAAAACUAGAUGCAAUUCUACGAUCACUGCCAAGGGCGUUAACCGUCGACGUCGAUUUCUCAUUGUCUGAAUGUGUCGUAGUUGUCGUUUUUCUCGAACGCUGCUGCAAAAUGAUUCAACAAAGUAGUCAUGACAGAGUGGAGAAAAAUUGGAGGAUUAAGAACAAAGGGGAGACACACUACUACUACCGCGCGCGUCAUUUGGCGACAUCUAGAGAUAUUAUAAGCGAUUAACGAAAACGAGAUAAUGAAAAAUGCAAAAAAUAUAUAUGUAUAUAUUACGUUACAUACAUCUAUAUAUUAUAUAGCGCGUUCGCUCGAGUUUUCUGACGAUGUACGAGCGAACGAUUUGUUCAUGAUACUGCCAAGCGUAGACUCGAGUUUCUGUGUUUUUUAAGGGACAAACUAUAAUACUCCUUUUAAAUGUGUCGAGCCACACUUAUACUCCACACCAGCACGUAUGCGCGCGCACACGGCACACAUACAGAGACACACAUACACCCUACACUAGAAAGAUUACACACGCUGAUUAUGUACCAUAUGUAUGCGCAUCGUGCCGCAAUCUCUCUUGUCUGUCUGUUUAUCCAACCGAGCACCCUGAUCUGUCCGUUUCUCCUCCUAGGUGUCCCUUUUGCCUGUCCCUAUACAUAUGUAGAUGGUUGUAGAAUAUUCCUGAUUUUGGAUCGUAAUCACGGUGACUGAUGGAAGGAAUGAGUUGAGAAAUUAUGUCAAGGUUUUAUUCGAUUAUUCAUUGGAAAUCACUGUAAUUUGAAUAAUGGAUUUUUCAAAUUAGGAAAAUAAUUGGUAAUAAUUGCUAUCGUAUAGCAAUUAGUAAUUAGUAAAGUGAUUGUGCACUGGGUUUUUAAAAAAUACGCAAUUUUGCUAAGUAGCAGAAGUAGGUAGGUUUAUUGUAUGGUAAUAUUGGCAUUGACUUUUAAUUUUUCACAGAUUUUUUUUUUAAAUAACGUUAGUGUAUAUUAAUAAGGAGAAUGUUCCUUAAGAAAGUCUUAAAAUCUGUGCAAUGGAAAAAUGUGCAAUCUGAAAAUCUGCAGAAUCUAAAAAUUGUUAAAUUUAGAUUAUAUCGUGAAAGUCUAGAAAUUUAUAAAUCUAUGAAGUCUGUCAGAUCUGAAAAAUCGAAAAAUAUAUAAAUAACAGUUUCAUAGACCACAUUUGUUGCAAGUAAAAAACAAAGGAACAGUGGAGGAUAAUUGCAAUCUCCAUUAUCUUUCUAACCAUAAACUUCGUUUAUCAGGGAAAUUGAAGUUCUAGUAAGAAAGCGCCCGGUGUGUCAUUCUAACCUCCACCAUGAACACCACGUGUUCAGUUGGAGGCAAUCAGUCACCAUGAAUUCGUAACUUGAUACUUGUACGUGAGAUGUGAAACGACUCUGUACAGUCCAUGUUCGUAAUUAGCCGACAGACGGUUGAGAUACGGUAUUUUCUUAUUGGAGGCAACGUUCGGCCCUGCGAGAGAAAGCGAGAGUAUGAGUGUAAGAGAGCGAGAACGAGAGUGUAAGAGUGCCACAGUGAGGAAGGUUCUUGUUAUUAAUCGCGAAACGGAGAGAGAGAGAGAGAGUCGUUCUAAUUUAUUGGAAGCUGUAGAAAAACGAUGAGAAAUGAAGAAACGGAGGAAGCUUAUAAGCUGAAGAUUAUUAUAAAUAAAGUUAAAUGAUUAUACUUUGUUAUGGUAGUUUGAUGCAUUAUUUUUCUGGGUUUUAGAAUAACGUCGACGGCAACGAUAUUCUCCGCCAUCUUUUUUUUCUGUUCUCAUCCGUGGAAUAAUACGAUUUAUAUUGUACAUAAUUGUUAUUUGUAAAACGAGAGAAUGUGAAAGAGGCAGAGAGAAAUGUAAGGAGCCCUGAGAAUUUUUAUCGAAA